AUGAUUCAGCUUUUCGUGUAUGGACCAGGGUUUGGUCGGCCGUCUAUUGAUCCAGCAUGUUUAACAGCGCUGACGUACUGUGUCUUGGCAAUUCCUGCAGAUGAGUUGUUGGUAUAUCGCACUAACAAUAGUCGAAUGAGUCCUACGCAGGAAUUGCCUGCUCUAAUGGACGGAAAUGUUUGGUUAGGUGGUUGGAGGUCAAUUCUCGCUUAUGUGAAACAGAAGGGUUACAAUUUGGAUGAAAAACUGUCUCCAGCAGACACCAAUACAGCUGCUGUCAUUGGACGACUCAUUGAACGAAAGGGAAAUGAUCUUUGGCUUUUAGACGCUUAUUGUAUUGAAGAAAAUUAUGUAAAGUCAACUCGACCAGAGUGGUCAAAAGUUCUUGGUUUCCCAUUCAACUAUAUUAAACCCAAACACGAUCAACAACAGGCGUGGAAGCGUCUGCGUGCUUCUUGGGGCUCUGAUGUAAGCGAUGUUGAAUAUGUGCCAUCCAACAUGCCUAUUUCUCGUAUGUGGGAAAACGAACGCCGCAAACAGCAGGCUUCGCUUAAGGCGUGUGCCCGUGACAUUCGUAUCCAUAGCAUUGCCUUGUCUUUUUACAAGACCAUAGAACAGCUAUUCUCUCUUAAUGAAGACGGGCAACAAGGGGAUUAUAUAUUCGGGGACGAACCGAGCUCACUUGAUUGUGUCCUGUAUGGGUAUCUUUCCCUUCACGUGUAUGCAUGGGAGCAGUUUCCCCACGCAGUUGCGACUCCUGCUUUAGCGGCAGAAAGUCCAAAACUUCUUGAGCUCUUAAACCGUUUACACAAUAUUUGGGCCGGCGAUGACAAUAGCAUUCUUCGGCUGUUUCCGGUUCAAACGCAACCUCAAGGGUUUACUGACUUGGCUACGAUUGCUUGGAACAAUGUGCGUUCAAAAGUAUCCGAGUCAGCAUUGCACAUCUCUAAAAAUAUGAAAAACCAGGACAAGCUUCUUGCAUAUGCUCGUAAUGGAUUUUUCAUCACUGCUUCCGUAUUCGGGUUUGUUUGGUACGUUGUCUCUAACGGCAUCGUCCAAUUUACUGAUGAGGACGAAUACGAAAACUUGCAAACAGGAGAAGAAAUGGUUUCCGAAGAACCGGCAUCCAAAGCACCAGCAGCAGGGACAGAAGCGAAAACAGAUGCAAAGGAAGGAGUUGAUGCAUCCAACUCUGAAAAUGGACCUGCAAGUGCGGAAGAUGAAACGAUCCCUUCAGCUCAAAGCUUGCUUGGAACGCUAGGCAGCGUACUUGCUGGGCACUCUGAAGAUGAAGAAGAAGAAGAGAAUGAAGCCGAAGCUUUCGAAGAUGAAAAUAGUGGUGUUAUUGAUGAAGAUGACUUUGAUGAAUAA